ACGUCGCCGGCUCGCGUUUUGUGCUUUAUCGUCCGCCAUUCAGUAAAAAAGAAGUAUUCAAAACGGUUUUCUCGUAUCGUUUUACACACAAGUGAAUGUGUACGCUUCUCUAGCUGAAGGUUACUAUCCGUGCGACAUCUGUUUUAUUUAGCUCGUCAUUCCGCAGGCUGGAAAUGACCAUGGCGACGUUAGGUUCGUCAAAGGUAGGCCGACAUUAGCCGCUAGCUUCGUUAGCCGCUGCUGUUGCGUGUGCCCAUAAAGGUGACGUGCCGCUCUGUUGUUUCAACAAUGUUUCCAAACUGGGGGAAUUUCGGUGCACCCCAGCCUAAUAACUUUGGGGGAGCUGGUCCUCGCAAGCAGCUGGCCGGUAACCAGAAUGCUGGGUUCGGAUUCGAGGCCGCCACGCCUUCCAGCGGCUCCCUGUUCUCCAGCCUGCAGGAGCAGCACAUGCAGCAAAUGCAGCAGCUGCAGAUGUUGCACCAGAAGCAGUUACAGUCCGUACUACACCACGGCAACAAUACCAGCGCGUACGGAGGUGGACACUCCGGUGGGUAUCCGGGCCCAGCGUGGCAUGCGGAAGGAGCCGGGCAUCAAGACAGUGGUGCCCGCCCCCAGUCGUUUUACGGACAGGAGCCUCAGGCUCGGGGGGUACCACCUGCCCCAAAACCGGGAUAUCAGCCUCCUCCCCCUCCAUCGCAACCCACCGAGCCUCAGCCGGUUCCACCGCCUCCAGAGCCCCAUGCAGCAAAGCCACCGGACAGCGGCGGUCCUCCUAAAGCCAAGCAGGCAACCGAAGAGCAAGCCACUACAGAAGAUGACAAUUCCGUACCUUUACAGGAGCAGCAGCAGCUUUGGUACAAAAAACAUCUGCAGAAUCUACAAAAACUGAAGCAAGAAAAAGCCAAACAGAAUCAGCGAGAGAGUGAUGGACCUGCACUACCACCACCUUUGAGCCAGACAGGUGCUCCCCCCCCUCCAAAAGAGCCUCCAAAAAGCACACCACCUCCACCUCCACCUAAAGAGGAGCCACCAGCACCACCUCCACCACCUCUGGAAAUAAAGCCUGAAAUCCCGAAAGACCAAGAGGAAGCCGCCCGUCUCCAGCAGUUACAGGCUGCAGCAGCACAAUGGCAGCAGGUGCAACAGCAGAGAGUGGGCAUGCAAUACCAGGCUUUAAUGCAGCAGCACGAAAAACUUCAGCAGGUCCUAGAAAAGUACCAGCAGGUGAUUCAACAACCCACAAACUUACAGUCCAUGACAGCUGAAAUGCAGCUGAGGCACCAUGAAAUGCAACAGCAGCAGUUCACACCUUUAUUCCAAGAGUGGGACCGGUCCUUUGCUCUGUGGUAUGAGCAGUUCCAGACGUACCCUCAUAAAGACCAACUGCACGACUAUGAGCACCAGUGGAAGCAGUGGCAGGAACAGAUGAAUGCUACCAAUGCCCACCUACAAGAAAGGAUAGCCACUCUCUCUGCCAUGGUGCCAUUUGCCAUCGGCCAAUAUAAUAGUGGAAUGAUGGGGCAAUUUAAUCAGUACCCUGGACAAGAUAUGCAGAUGCAGCAGCAGUCAGUAAACACAGGUAUUCAGCAGUCCCCAGCUGCUGGUGGUCCUGCAUCCCAGGGUGGUCUAGUGCGAGGAAGUGGCCCUACUGGUGUGGGAGUCAGACCCUUGGGUCCCCAGGGUGUUACACCAACAAGCUUCAACAGUGCUCGAGGUCCAAAUGGAACCAACCCCAGAUUUGAUCAGCCACACCAAGGUUUUGAUGGUCCUCCACGCUUCGACCAACCACAGCAGCGCUUUGAUGGUCCCCCAAGGUUUGACCAACCAAGACAUCGUUUUGAUGGUCCGCCAAGGUUCGACCAGCCAAAACGUUUUGACGGUCCACCGCGAUUUGAUCAGCCGCAGCAUCGUUUUGAUGGUCCUCCAAGGUUUGACCAACCAAGGCAGCGCUUUGAUGGUCCCCCAAGAUUUGACCAACCAAGACACCGUUUUGAUGGUCCCCCAAGAUUUGACCAACAACGCCAGCGCUUUGAUUGUCCUCCCAGGUUUGACCAACCUCGAUUUGGGCAGCAGCCGAGAUUCGAAGCUCCAAGACACCCUGGCCCUCCACCUAGAGCUGAAUGUCCGCCAGUGUCCCAGCAAACACCGAAGCCAGAACCAACUGUUCAAAAACCUUCCACUGUGGACACAAAGAAACCAGAAUUAUCAGCCUCUCAGCGGCAGUCUGAAAAACAAAAAUGUGAUACAGAUAACAAAUCAGAUAAAACCACUCCUGAUGAAGACAUGACAGAUGACAACUUACUUGGAACUGAUGGAUUUUUUGUCCCAAAUGACCCAAUUCCUCAGACAGUCACAAAAAAUGUUUUGUCAAAAGAUGUAGAGAACACCACCUCCGACGGUAGUGACAAACCCACAGCAGUGAACAGUGACCCCUCUGUACCUACUACCUCUGCCACAGUUUCACAAAACACUGUAAAGAAUGCCCUCAAGCAAGAUGAACCCAAAAUACCCCAUAAUAUCCCCAAGUCCCUGGAAGUAGAGUCACCAAGUGCUGGCAAUUUGCAGCUAAGGCCAGAGCCUCCGUUGCCUCCCACUGGUCGUGGACGUGGCCAGCCCCCGAUGCCUGUCCAAAUGCGUGGACGAGGACGUGGGCAGAAGGGCAGUGGAGAGUUCAGGGGACCGAGCACUGGGCCACUUGGGGAGGAGGAAGAGGAAAUGUCUUAUGACUAUGUGCAACCAGAAGAGAGCGAAGGAAUGCCAGAGGAGCAGGAGAACUAUGACUAUGAGGAGCCUUUCUAUGACGAGUUUGGUGGAGAGGACUCAGAGAUCCCACGUGAGGAUAUUUGGAUGCCAGAUGAACACUACCCGGAGGAAGAGUAUUAUGAAGGGCCAAUGGGAGGACCUCACAUGGGAAGAGGCAGACCUCCAAUGAUGAGAGGAGGACCCCCUAUGGGAAGGGGAGGUCCACCAAUGGGUAGAGGUGGGCCUCCUAUGGGAAGAGGAGGUUUCCCUAUGGGAAGAGGGGGUCCACCAUUUGGUAGGGGAGGGCCGCCAGUGGGCAGGGGAGGGCCGCCAAUGGGCAGAGGAGGUCCACCAAUGGGCAGGGGAGGGCCACCAAUAGGUAGAGGGGGGCCCCCUAUGGGAAGAGGAGGACCGCCAAUGGGCAGGGGAGGGCCACCAAUGGGCCGCGGGGGUCCGCCAAUGGGCCGAGGGGGACCUCCAAUGGGCCGGGGGGGACCUCCGAUGGGCCGAGGGGGCCCACCUAUGGAAAGAGGAGAGCCAUUUGAUGAACAGUGGGAGGAACAUGAAUUAGCAGAAUACCCAGAGGAAGGAGACCCCUACUGGAGUGAAAGAAGACCUCCAAUGAGAGGUAUGAGACCCCCGUUUCCACCCGGCUGGGGUCGUCCCCCACGUGGUCACCCUGCGUUCAUGCAUCCUGGACGAGGACGCCCCCUUCACCCUCCACACGGGCCAAUGGAUGACGAGCCCUUAGACUAUGAAGCAGAUGCUGAUGAUCCCAGCGUAGAUUCAGCAGGCCCACCUAUGUAUGAUGGACAUGACCCUCACAUCCAUCCAAUGCAUCCUGAAGCUGGAAGAGGCAGGCGUCGCAUGCUGCCACCACCGCCUCGUGAAAUGAUGGAGGAGGCAUAUCAUGACGAAAUGCGGGAACAAGAAUUGGGUUGGCAGCCGCCCCAUGGCAGAGGCGCUCCAUUGCCCCCUCAUGAGAUAAUAGACAGGGGAGGAAUGAGGAGGAGACCAAUGGGACGGGGAAUGGCAAGAGGCAUGUGGCACCACGGCCCAGACCGUGAGGAAUAUAAAGAGGAUACUGAGACUUAUGUUGAGGACUACAAUCAUGGUGAAGGUGGUCAUCGCUGGCGGGCACCACCAGAUUACCCUCCUGAAGAACAUCCACGUGAUGCCAAAUAUCAUGAAUACAGAGAGCGAUCCCCUCAUGAGCGGGGCUAUGCUCCUCGCAUGCUCCCACCUGAGGCUUUCAGAGAUAGUCAUUGGGAAGAGGAAAGAGAGAGAGAAAGGGAAAGAGGUCACCCGUAUCGAUAUGAUGAACAUGAAAGAGGAAAGGGAGAACUCAGAAUUCAUGAAUACAGAGAUGGUUCACCUUACCGACGAGAAGAACCACCCUACCCACCGCCCCCGGACUGGGAAAGGCGUCCCAGGCCUUUUUCACCACCAGAGCGGGGCUAUCCUUCAGAUUAUCCAGACAGACCUCGCUAUGACGACCUCAGAGAAGAUCCUCCUUUGGAUAGACCUGCUGCACCUCCAGCUGUCACAAGCUUGCCAGAGAGUUCGGCUGAAUCCCAAGGAAUGAGCGGAAAUUUGCUUGCCCUAUCCCAACGGCAACAUGAGAUCAUUUUAAAGGCUGCUCAGGAGCUUAAGCUAAUAAGGGAAUUACAGGAGGCCAAGACCCCCGGUACUGAGCCUCAGCAGCCUGCUCCAGCUGAUAAUCUACCCGAGCUACCUGCCGGGCUCCUUGGAUUGGAGAUCCCACCAGAAGUCAGGAAUGUUCUGAAGGGUAUGACGGUUACUUCACAGACAACAGCAACUGAAGCUGCCACACAUUAUCAACCUGCUGCACCUCCUGUGAUUCCAAAAACAGUUGAUUAUGGACAUGGGCAUGAGCCCGGAACAACUGUUGAGCGAAUCUCUUAUGGUGAGAGAAUAGUGUUGAGGCCUGACCCAGUGACAACAGACAGAGGCUACGAAAAAGAACUGCUUGGUCCCAGAGAUCCCUACAGCAGAGACCCAUAUUACGAUCGACGAUCAGACCCUUACAUGGAUCGCCGGGACUACGCCAGAGAGAGGGAAUCAUACAGAGAAAAGCCCGACUAUGAAAGAGAACGAUUUGAGAGGGAACGCUACCCCCCAAGGGAGAGAGAUGACAGCACACAAGCCAUGGUUGAAGAAAGAUCUCCACUGGCGCAUCCUCUACGCUCAGCAUACAGGGAGAGAGACCGAGAUGUGCGAGAAAAGGAGCGGAGCGGCAGUCGUGAUCCCGAGGAUCAUUAUGGAAGGCUGCCCUAUGACAGAUCUUCAUACGAGCGCACUGGACUUGACCGAAGUGGACCUGACCGUUAUGGACACAGCUCCUCGCCUUAUGUAGAAAGAAGAAGUAAUCCGGAGAGCAGAGGACCAUCUGCUGCCCCUCCCCUCCAGCCACCUCCACAGCCUCCCCCCAGAAUUGAGAAAAAGCCAGAAAUAAAGAACAUCGACGACAUCCUGAAAACACCGGGCAGACUGUCUCGGCCUGAGCGGAUUGUCAUUAUCAUGAGAGGACUUCCAGGAAGUGGCAAAAGCCACGUUGCAAAACUCAUUCGGGACAAAGAAGUUGACUGUGGUGGAGCGCCUCCGCGAGUUCUCGUCUUGGACGACUAUUUCAUGACCGAAGUUGAGAAAACCGAAAAAGACCCAGACACUGGGAAAAGAGUCAAAAAAAAGGUUCUUGAGUACGAGUAUGAGCCGGAGAUGGAGGAUACCUACCGGAACAGCAUGCUCAAAACGUUCAAGAAAACCCUGGAUGACGGCUUUUUCCCGUUCAUCAUCUUAGACACAAUAAACGACAAGGUUAAACACUUCGAUCAGUUCUGGAGUGCUGCCAAAACCAAAGGCUUCGAGGUGUAUCUGGCUGAAAUCACUGCAGACACUCAAACUUGUGCAAAAAGAAACGUCCAUGGACGCACAGUAAAGGAUAUAACCAAGAUGUCCAACAACUGGGAGCCUUCGCCCCGUCACAUGGUGCGUCUGGAUGUCCGGUCCCUGCUUCAGGAUGCUGCUAUUGAGGAGGUUGAAAUGGAAGACUUCAAUCCUGAGGACGAGCCCCAAGAACCCAAGAGAGAAGAGGAGGAAGAGGGUGAUAUGGGCUACAUUCCAAAAAGCAAAUGGGAGAUGGACACGUCCGAGGCCAAACUGGACAAGCUGGACGGUCUGAGCGGCGGCGGGAAGAGGAAGCGCGACGGCGAAGACAUGGCAGGCCUGGAGGACUACCUUCAGCUGCCAGACGACUAUGCCACCCGCAUGUCUCAACCCGGAAAGAAAAGGGUCCGGUGGGCUGAUCUGGAAGAGCAAAAGGACGCAGAUAGAAAGCGUGCGAUCGGUUUUGUGGUGGGUCAAACGGACUGGGAGAGGAUAACGGACGAGAGCGGCCAGCUGGCGCAGAAAGCUCUCAACCGCACCAAGUAUUUCUAAGAAGACGAUGAUCUUGUUCCUUUUUUUUUAAGUUCAUUGCAAGGGAUCCAGACUGGGAGCCCUGAAGUUCUACUGCUGGUGAAAGAUUCUUCAAUCACAUUCUCACUUCAUUAAAUGACCCAAUACGGUCCCCUCCCCCUGGAUAUUAACUCUGAAUGUCGUCAUCGAGGAUACAUAGCGUCAUGCUUUUUUGCUGCUUUUUUCUUCUUCUUUCUUUUUUUUUUUUUUUUUUUUUUUUUUACUCUUCCUACUUGUUGUAUACCUGUAGCAUCAAUUUGUGUUCAUGCAUAGCUGUUGAUGGAGAAUAAAUGUUUCACAAAAUUCUCAACCU